AUGGCGGAUGAUAAUGACACGGGUGGCUUUGCAGCCUUCAUGGCGACCGUGGAUGGUGAGAAAUUUCAAGAGACAGAGACUAUAGCUCAAGAUGAGUAUCACUAUGAGGAACAGCAAGAGAAAGAAGCGAUGAUGAAGAAUUAUCAUCACCCAAUGAAGCAAUGGUUUAGACAGAGACCACAGCUUGAGGCUAAACACGGAGUUUUCCCACUCUUUUGGCAAGAGCUUAAGACGUGGGAACCGUAUCGGGAAGUACUAAAGGCUUACAUUAAGUUUACGGAGCACGGAGACGACAGCGUGGAGAGUACAGAGGAGAGAGUACACAAGAAGAAACAUGACCAAGAAGCUUCUGUAAACGCUUCUGAGGCAGCAGAACAGCCCAAGAAGCGACGUAAAAGUCGAUGGGGGGACCCGGUGGAGCUUGAAGCGGACGGAAACGCAGAGAAGAAGAGAAAAAAAUCCCGUUGGGCUCCUGCAUCUAGCGCUUCUUCGGCGGUAGCUGGACUGCUCAACCAGAAGCAGCAGGAGACUGUAAUGCUGCGAGCUCAGCUGGAGAGUAUAAAUCAGAAGCUCAAGACAGUGGCGUUGGAUGCUGCAUUGAUUGAGAAGGAUCCAAAUCGAUCUCCUUCACCUCCGCCGCAGUAUGAUUCUAACGGAAAGCGUACAAAUACACGCGAAGUGCGUAUGAAAGCUGCGUUGGAGAAGCGCCGGCGGGAGACGAUUGAUCAGCUUGUAAAAGUUAAUCCACUGUUUCGUCCACCUGCCGACUAUACGCGUCAGAAACUACAUCGCAAGAUCUACAUUCCUAUCCAUGAUUUUCCUUCGUACAACUUCAUUGGCCUAAUUAUUGGACCCCGCGGCAAUACGCAGAAACGCAUGGAGCGCGAAACAAACUGCAAGAUUGCUAUUCGUGGCAAGGGCUCUGUAAAGGAAGGCAGUAAGGGCAAGAAGGUAAAUGGUGACGAGAACGAUGAGCUGCACGUACUUAUCACAGGUGAUCGCGAUGAAGAUCUUGACAGAGCAGCUAAGGAAGUGCAGAGUUUGUUGGUGCCGGUGGAUGAUACAAAAAAUUCGCACAAACAGAAGCAACUACGUGAGUUGGCUCUCAUUAAUGGUACACUUCGAGGCGACGACGACUGCCACAUUUGUGGUGAAAAGGGUCAUCGACAAUGGGAGUGCCCCAACCGAGAUGCUCACCGCACCUUCAAGGCUGCUAACGUUAAGUGUGCAAUUUGUGGAGACUCUAGUCACCCGACUCGCGAUUGCACUCAGAAGAAGUCUGCUGAGGAAAAUGCUGCUAUCGACAAAGAAUAUCAGCAGUUCAUGCAGCAGCUGGGUGAAGCACCUAUUAUUUCGGCAGCUACAAAUGUAAAGGUUCCAGAGGUCGCGACAGCCCAGGCUGCCUCAGCACCAUGGUUGCAACCAGCAAAGACGUCUUCGAGCGUAUCGGUGCAGCCAUGGAUGAUGCAGCAAUCUGUUGGUGCACCGGGUACUGCAAGUGCCCCAGGUGUGCAAGCACCCGGGGCCGUUGCUUUGGGCUCUACUCCAGCUACGGCGUUCCCACCCCCGGUUGCGCCGACUGGUGUAUAUGACUACCAAUCGCACCAAGCGCAAGGCCAAGAAUGGGGACAGCAUGGAUGGAAUGGUGGGUACAAUGCGUAUUACGGGUCAUGGGAUCAAAAUGUCCAGAGAGCUGAUUAUGCGGCAUAUGGGCAAUAUGGCUCUCUUAUGGGUAGCGCUGAUGUCAGUGCUAGUGCUGGUGCUAGCGCCGGUGCUCCUGGUGCUAAUGGGGCAGAUCAAUAUCCGCCAUAUAGCAAUUCGCCGCAGUAA